AUGGCCAACAAAUCCACCUCUGAAGUUAGCCAUGGCCAGCUACCCAAGACAUCGUCCACAUGCUUGACGGAGGGUGUCACUGCGGUGCAUGAUUUUGAGGUGGCCAAUUACCGGUUGCUGGAUGGCAUCGGCGUCGGCAAGCACGUUCGCUCAAGCAACUUCAGCGUGGGUGGCUUCGAAUGGUUUAUGAAUUUCUUCCCGGAUGGGAGGAUGGCAGACUAUGCUGGCUAUGCAUCAGUCUUUCUGGACCGUGUCAUUCAACAGAAUGACACACAUAAUGUCAGGACUAAGUUCACCUUAAACAUGCUAGAGAAAGACGGUGAGGCACAAUUAACUAAAUGUGAUGAGAUAGGUCAUGUCUUUUCCUCAGCAAAGUCAUAUUGGGGCUACUGCAGAUUCGUUGCGAAAGAGAAACUGAAAUCAUCGUCGCAAGCCAACAAUGGCUUGUUGAUUAUACGAUGUGUUCUCACCGUGAUAAAAGAACCUCGCACCGAGGUUAAGAGGAACACUGUUGUGGUUCCGCAACCGAAUCUGCAAGACCAGCUCUGCCAAAUGUGGAAGGAUGGCCAGGGUGCAGAUGUGACAUUCAGUGUGGGUGGCCAAUUGUUCAAAGCUCACAGAUGCUUAUUGGCUGCACGGUCUCUGGUUUUCAAGGCGGAGCUCUUGGGUCCGAUGAAGGAGAAGGAAACACACUGCAUCAAAAUUGAUGACAUCGACCCUGAAAUCUUUGAGGCUCUUCUUCACUUCAUAUACACAGAUUCCCUGAUAGUCGAUGAGCACCACAAGGAAGGUGAAAUUGCAAAACUGCAGCAUCUGCUAGUUGCCUCGGAUCGAUAUGGUUUGGAUAGGUUAAAUGUGAUGUGUGAAAGUAAAUUGUCUGAGUGCAUUGACGCGGAGACUGUUGCAACAACAUUGGUUUUAGCAGAGCAACACCACUGCAAGGAUCUCAAAGAAGCCUGCAUUGAGUUUAUGGCUCCACGGAAUGUUCUACAAGCUGUCAUGGCAACCGAUGGUUUCAAACAUUUGGUAGCAAGCUGUCCUUUGGUCAUGAAGGAGUUACUGGACAUGGUGUCCCGGGGUGGCUAG